CAAUUCGUUUUGGUUGUUGUUGUGCGACUUCCCGUGAAUAUUCCGUGUCGGCUACGUUUUCACACGGCUGUGUCUCAUCAUCGUUGUCGAGCACGUGAUAACCUGGCCGCUACUCCUGGCGCAUCCUGCAUGGCCUUGUGACACCCAGCCUCGCGCGAUCGCGACCCGAAGAUGGCCCGGGACGCAGCAGGCAUCUACCUGCUGAUCGUGAUCGCGCACCUAUGCUCGUGCGCGCGUCUACACGUUAAUUACAAGUAUUACAAUGAAUAUCGUCUCGAGAGCGACAGGAUUUGCCACCUCCUGAACAAGAAGCAUACGCUCGAUAUGCGUAACGGCGCCGCGGCGAUUGUCAACCCGCAUCACAUGUUUGAUCAUUGGGUCGUCAAGGCUGAUCGCAACUGUACGUUCGUCUUCAGGACCAGCAGGGGCGAGGGUCUCUUUGCGGUUAUUCAAAGAAUGUUUUUCCGCCGCGAGGGCGAUCAUUGUAUCGAUUACGUACGAUUCAAGAGAAGCGACGGUCACUACACGAGCAAGUUCUGUGGGAAAAUAAAUCGCAGCGAAACAAUGUAUCUUUCGGUUCCUGAGCCUGAUGACAAUUCGGGUAAAGCAAGCGAUAGCCGGUCAUAUAAUUAUGAUAUGUAUGCGGAAUAUGAUCCUAUUAAACAAUGGAAACCAUGGCAAAUAGAUAUUGGAUCUGCCACGAUAGAAACCGAAAUAUUUAUUUCCAAAACACCAUCGGAUCAAGUCCUGGACCUUGUUAUAGCUUACACACCUUAUAAAAAUUGUAUACAGGCAGAUCUCGACCAAUACAAGCCGGUCGGAAAUAACAGUUGCAUUCGGAAGGAAUACAUAUGUGACAGGAUCUACAAUUGUCCUUUCGGCAUAUGUUCUGAUGAGGUGAAUUGUCCGGUCAGCAGCGAUCGGCACCCCAAGGACGAUACUGCCACAAAGGUCACUGUAGGAGCAGUCACCACUAUGAUUCUCUGUUUCAUCAUUUUUGUUAUGUGUCUAUGGAUCUGUAAAAAGUCGCAAAAGUUGUGUUGGUCGUCGGAUUGCGCCGGUCCGAAUGUGUGUUCGCGCCCGGUCUCUUUGCCUGAUGCGGAUGCGGUCCAAGGAUCCAAUCGGGCGGUACCGACAGCCCCCAUGUUGGAAGUCGCUGUGUCCUCACCCGUCGCGGACAAGGAUCUGCCACCCAGUUACGACUCAUUGUUCCCUGAACAGAGUAGAGAUCCUUCCAGAUCGUAUGAGCAGAAUUUUACUAUGAAAGAAAACGCUCUGAUAAAUUGACGGAUGCUGCAUGCAUCAAUUUCGAUUGUUAUGCAUAUAGUCGUGAUUUCCAGUGUGAGCUAAGCUCGCAGCUUUAGGAUACUAUUCAUGCUAUAAAUAAGUCAAGUAUGACUAAGAUGCUACACGACACUAUCACCCUUCGUUCGUUUUGUGACAAUGGACGAAGUCUUAAAUCAACGAAUUGUUGCAUGCAUCGAUUUAAUUUUGACCAAAGUAAUUCCUUACUAUUAGAGCAUUCAAUGCUACUCAUUCACCGUCCACAUCUAAUUGCGCCAAUAUAUACAGUACAUUUACAUGCAAUUCUGUCAUAUUAACAUAUUCGUUGUUUCUCUUUUUUAUAUUAGUGAGAUUAUGCAAGAUGCAGCGGUUAAUAGGUAACUCAGUUAAAUUUUUUUUCACUUAUAUGUAUAGUAUUUUACAUUGAUUUUUUUUCUUUAUACGUGUAUAGUUUUAAAAUUUCCUCUGUUUCUUCAUUGCAGCCUUAUUGAAUUACAAUGUCAGAAAUAGGAAACUAUGUGAUGUAUUUUUUUCUUCCAAUAUACGCUAAAAUAAAUUGGGUUUUCCUACGCCACUACUAGUGCAUGUUCAAUAGCAUAUUGCAAGAAAAAAAGUUUAUAUAACGAUUCUUAUUUUUGAUUCAACUUAGGGAUGUAAUUAGAAAGUAGAAAUCUUAAAUGUUUGAAUUUUUACGUUUUGUAUUAUUUUCUAACAAAUAUUGAAGAAAUAAUACUACAACGAAAAAAAGUCUAAAAACAGUUUUUUACAAGAGAAAAUCCAGAUAUAUAUAUCUUGUGAAUUUUCAAAACUUUAAUAUAAACAUGUCGAAUUUAAUGUUAUAAAAAUAAUGCAAUAUUCAAAAAGUUAUGUAAUAUUCAGGUGCCAAUGUGUGAAAAAUCAAUGUUGGAGUUAAAAGAUUUUAACCUUUGUGUCCACGACUAGGUACAAAUGUAUCCACUUUUUUGAAAAAUUUUUAUGUUCCUGUCAAAAUUUUUUCAAUCGCGUUCGGAUUGUCGCAAUUUGAUCGUUUUACUAUUAAAAUAUGCUUUUACUUUAAUUUUUUAAAAGCUGGAAUUAAAAAAUAUAUUGCAUUAAAGUUUACCUGGGCCAUAAUUGGGGUACAUAUGUACCCACUAGUAGAAAUAUAUUUUUUACGUGCAAGUUAUCAAGUCAAUUAAUGAAAAGGCUUGUGAAAUAAAUAAAAACAGAAGUUUUUAUAAACAAACAGUAAUAAUUAUUUAUUUAUCACAUUCUUAACACUUUGUAAUAGUAUGCUCAUCACACACCAGUUUUGGCGUUCUGAACAAGAUUUUCGUGUUUUUUGCGUCUUUUAAUAGUUUGUCUAUUAAACUAUUGUCAACAUAGAUGACACGACCCAGCAAAUAUUUUUUUUUAUCAUCUCUUUGUUCAAAUCCAGAAAGAACGGGAUUUAUUGGCCUACCAAGAAUAGUCUCCACUGCCAGUUUUACAUUAUAAUAUUUCAUUGUUUGUAAAUUUUGCGAUCGAUCCCCAAUUAUUGAAAAAACAAGCUCGUGACCAUAGAGAUGUAAGAAUAAAGCGUGUGAGUUGUAUAUUAUCAUAUAAGUGGCUGCGAUAGAUAGAAAGAGAAAGCUAGAAUAAGGGCCCCUCUGUCUAAUGACGCAUGCGUAGAGUUAGGGAACAAACUGUAAGUGCGCGCUUAUUUUGUAAGAGUACAAUAUUAAUUUGAGUCUUUUAUGAGAAAUUGAAAUUAUAAAGAUAAUAAGAAAUCGUAGAACACUAAAAAAUUAUUAUUAUGUACAAAAAUAAAUAUGAACUUUAAAUUCUUUAAGGCACAACUUAAAUAUUUUAGUAAUAUAAUAUUGAUACACGUACGUGAUGGCAACGUUAACAAUGCAUUUACUUUUUAACUUGUAUAGGUACGGGGAGAUCGCGCUUAACUUUCGGAAAUUUUUAUUUUUUGUAACAAAAAAUUAAAUAUAAAGAAA